AUGGCUUCCAGAGCGCCAGGGUUUCUGGUGCGUGCGUUGGCUAGGCCGCUGGCCGACUCUCCGAUGCGCGCGGCACCGCCAUGUUCUCGCCACCUCAGCACGCAGUCACGGCGACAAUCCGGAGCCGUCACCGUCCCGUUCCUCCCGCGACCGUCCACGCAAAGGCGGCGGCCGAGGCUGGCUCCGAGCUUCAUCGGCGGCGGCGCGCGCACAAUCUUCAUCCAGACGGAGAGCACGCCCAACGCGGACGCGCUCAAGUUCCUCCCCAACAGCCGCGUGGUGCCGGCCGAGAUCGGCACGCCUUUCCUCGAAUACCUCAGCCCGCGGUCGACCAUCUCGCCGCCGCACCCGUCUCCGCUCGCGGCCAAGCUCAUGAACAUCGACGGCGUCACCUCCGUCUUCUACGGCGCCGACUUCAUCACCAUCACAAAGGCCGGCGACGCCAACUGGGCACACAUCCGACCAGAGGUCUUUGCGCUCAUCACCGAGGCCGUCACCUCGGGCGAGGCCAUCGUCAACGUGGUGGAGCGAAAGGAGGGCGAGGCGGAGGGCGAGGAGGACAGCUUGGCCUACAACGAGGACGACAGCGAGGUCGUCGGCAUGAUCAAGGAGCUGCUCGAGACGAGGAUCCGGCCGGCGAUCCAGGAGGAUGGCGGCGACAUCGAGUUCCGCGGCUUCGACGACGGUUACGUCAAGCUCAAGCUCCGCGGAGCCUGCCGGACGUGCGACUCGAGCACGGUGACGUUGAAGAAUGGCAUAGAAGGCAUGCUGAUGCACUACAUUGAGGAAGUCAAGGGUGUCGAGCAGAUACUCGACCAAGAGGAGGAAAUUUCUCUCAACGAGUUUGCCAAGUUUGAGGAGAAGCUGAAGCAGCAAAAGAUGGCGCAGCCGUCACCGGCGUCGGCGUGA